AUGGAACAGGAAGAAUUUGUUCCAGUAGCCAUGAAGGUGACUGAAGUAGGCACCAUGGCAUGCUUAGAGCUUAGUCAGACAUCGAAGAUAUUGGGCUGGCGUCUAAAGCUGGAGGGAGGGAGUCUGCAGAUUGCUCCUCCCCCCGCCCGCGCGCGGUCCCACCUCCUCCAUCCGUCCCCACCCUCCUGGAAGCCGUGGUGGGGAAAAGUGGGGGAGCCCUGCGCUUUGCACCCGACGGUAGCGGAUCAGAGCCUGGGUAGGAGAGACAAGAAUGGGAUCUCGGACGCUCUGCUUGGUUCUGCUGGCGCUGGGAACGCUGGAGGGCGGAGUCCAGGUUCCCUGUCCGGGAAGUUUGCGCAGUCCGAGGGAGCGCUAGGAGUCCGGUUGGGACUUGUGUCUGUCCAGGCUCCGAGACUGAGGGAUCUUGAGCUGUCUCGCGUUGUGCGUUGUGCCCUGUGUGCAGAGCCUGCCUUACACCCUGCCCUAACAACGGGUCCUUUGGGUGCCCGUCCUUGGUGUCCUCCUGGCUCUGCAGCUCACUGGCGAUGUGUGGAUCUUUGCGAGUUGUUCCGAGCAGCUCAUCGGGCCAAUGUCUGUACCACCCGAGGAGUGAAUUCCUGCCAGCAAUGCCUUGCUGUGAACCCUCUAUGUGCCUGGUGUUCAGAUGAGAAUUUUGCUCUGGGAGCUUCCCGUUGUGACCUGAAAGAGAACCUGCUAAAGGAGGGAUGUGAACUUGAAUCCAUUGAAUUCCCGGUCAGCCAAAUCAGGAUUCUGAAAGCUAGACCUCUAAGUAAUACUGGUUCUGGAGAUAGUUCCAAGAUCACCCAAGUCAGCCCCCAGAAGAUUGAGCUUCGACUGAGGCCAGAUGAUUCUCAGACCUUCUCGGUGCAAGUGCGGCAGGUGGAGGAUUACCCAGUAGACAUCUACUAUUUGAUGGAUCUGUCCAACUCUAUGCGGGAUGACCUGCAGAAAAUUCAGUCUUUGGGGACUAAGCUGGCCUCUGAGAUGCGCAAGCUUACCAGUAACCUACGCAUUGGCUUUGGGGCCUUUGUGGACAAGCCCAUGUCGCCAUAUAUGUACAUUUCUCCUCCAGAGGCCCUUAAAAACCCUUGCUAUGAACUGAAGACAACCUGUUUACCCAUGUUUGGCUACAAGCAUGUAUUGACUUUGACGGAUCAGGUGACCCGCUUCAAUGAGGAAGUGCAAAAGCAGAAUGUGUCAAGGAACCGGGACGCCCCAGAAGGUGGAUUUGAUGCCAUAAUGCAAGCUACAGUCUGUGAUGAAAAAAUUGGCUGGAGGAAUGAUGCAUCCCAUCUGCUGGUGUUCACCACUGAUGCCAAGACCCACAUCGCUCUGGAUGGGAGACUAUCAGGAAUUGUUCAGCCCAAUGAUGGGGAAUGCCACAUUGGCAGUGACAAUUACUACUCUGCCUCCACCACUAUGGACUAUCCCUCUCUGGCACUGAUGACAGAGAAGCUGUCCCAGAAGAAUAUAAACUUAAUCUUUGCAGUGACUCGAAGUGUGGUCAGCCUCUAUCAGAACUAUAGUGAGCUCAUCCCAGGGACCACAGUGGGUAUGCUGUCUAGGGAUUCCAGUAAUGUCCUUCAGCUUAUCAUUGAUGCAUAUGGGAAAAUCCGUUCUAAAGUGGAGCUGGAAGUCCGAGAUCUUCCCGAAGAGCUGUCCUUGUCCUUCAAUGCUACCUGCCUCAACAACGAGGUCAUCCCAGGUCUCAAGUCCUGUGUUGGCCUCAAGAUUGGAGACACAGUGAGCUUCAGCAUCGAGGCCAAAGUCCGUGGCUGUCCUGAACAAACGGAGAAAUCCUUUACCAUUAAGCCUGUGGGGUUCAAGGACAGCCUCACCAUCUCCGUCACUUUUGAUUGUGAUUGUGCCUGUCAGGCCCAGGCUGAACCACACAGCAGCCGCUGCAACCAGGGCAACGGGACCUUUGAGUGUGGGGUGUGCCGCUGUGGCCCUGGCUGGCUGGGUGCCCAGUGCGAGUGCUCCGAGGAGGAUUACAGCCUCUCCCAGCAGGAUGAGUGCAGUCCCCAAGAGGGCCAGCCGGCCUGCAGCCAGCGAGGGGAGUGCCUGUGCGGCCAGUGCGUCUGCCAUAGCAGUGACUUUGGCAAGGUCACUGGAAAGUACUGUGAAUGCGAUGACUUCUCCUGUGUCCGAUACAAAGGUGAAAUGUGCUCUGCAGACACAGGCAAGGAUGCAGUGAACUGUACCUAUAAGGAUGAGAAUGACUGUGUAGUCAGAUUCCAGUACUAUGAAGACUCCAGUGGGAAGUCCAUCCUCUAUGUGGUGGAUGAACCAGAUUGUCCCAAAGGUCCUGACAUCCUGGUGGUCCUUCUCUCAGUGACGGGAGCCAUAUUACUCAUUGGCCUUGCCACACUGCUCAUUUGGAAGCUGCUUAUCACCAUCCAUGACCGAAGAGAGUUUGCUAAGUUUGAAGAGGAGAGAGCCAGAGCCAAGUGGGACACAGCCAACAACCCACUGUAUAAAGAAGCCACAUCCACUUUCACCAAUAUCACUUACCGUGGGAACUCAUAA